AUGGCGAGGCUUAGCGAGCAUGGGAUUCGUCUCAGUUCCGUAUGUAUUUUUAAAAUAAGUUAUUUACUGUACAGAAAACGGGUUAUAAGCUAUUGCAUUUGUAUUCGUUCUUAUAGGCUAGAUAGGUUGUUGACGUUUUGUUUUUAUUAUAAAGGAAAAUACUAAAUAUCGAAGUUGUUUUUUUGCAGAUGAGUCCGUCCUUCCUGAAUAGUAAUUCAACAAGUCAUACGUGGCCUUUCAGCGCAGUUGCAGAACUAAUAGGUAACAACAGAAAACUUUCAUUUUGAUACUUUCUGUGUUUUCAUUUCCCCUUCUGCUGAAGACAGGAACGUUGCAAAUGUUUGUGUGUAAAAACUUACUGGUGGCAUGGCUUCCGCGUAAUAAAAUACAAUAGACGCCUUGUCUGGGUCUGUGGUGAGCUCUCUUCAUCGACAGUCUGUCAUCCACCUGUUAAUUUCUCAUCGCAAUAUGUGUCACAUAUACUUAACUUUAGUUAUACUUAAGUUAUAAAAUGUAAAUAUAAUCAAGUGAAGUGCCAUAACUUACAGAGGAGAAAAAGUUCUGCAUACAGUAACUUUGACAUGACGUCAGGCAUGCAUAAAAUAUUUUCAUCAACGCAGUAACACCACUUGCAAUGUGCGUAAAAUAUGUUUUAUAUUCAUGUCUGUUUUUUAUCUAAAUUCGGUAGAUAUGUUUCAACCAAUCAGCGCUGAGAAGGCUCCACUCUGUGCAUGAUCAUUGGUUGGAAUAGACCAGUUGGUUCGUGCCGUGUGCAUUGUCUGUUGGUCACCUUCAAAUUUGUAGUAGCCUGCGAUUUGCAUACUUGGAAUAACCCGAGUGCGGUGCACCCUGGAGACUUGCAUUUGGUUAAGCAACGCAGUGCUUGACUUGGGCAGGAAGUCACCGUAGCUGAGUACCAGCAUCUCAAAUGUUCUACUGCUUGAGCUGGUCGCCUUAGAAUAUUAGCUCAAAAGUAUUGUGGAGCUCCUGCACCUGAAUAUAAACAGUACCGGCACCCAACAUGUGUACCUGCACCUAUUUUAGUCAAGCACUGAAUAUACAUACUGGGUGUGUUUUGAGCAAAUCAAUUUUGUCAAGGGUGUGUUUUGAGCAAAUCACUUUUGUCAAGGCGAUGGUCACUACCUUCCAAAGUGUGUUGCAUUAUGGGGAUACAAAUAGUCUGACUUGUACCUACAUGAUGACUGCAUGGACUUGACAAAAACCAUGUGAUCAAUGGUCAUGAAGUUUUGUCUGCAGUCGCCUGCAAAUUUCUGCAGUUGCUCUUAACCAACUUCAUCCUGCAGCCAUCACCUGAAUUGUGGGAGGCAAUUGUCAACUAAUCAUUAGGGUGUUUUUGUUUGACCCACACAAACGUGACCAAAGAAGUGACUAAAACAGGAACUAACUUUGCUACGAUUCAUGUAUAGUUGAAUGUGAUAUUUGAGGCUCUCUUUCACCAAUUUAUAGUACAAUGUACACACCUAUAUUUACUGCUUUUGAGUGUGUGAUAUGGGGAUUGGUGACGUGUUUAUUUUGACAUUACAAAGAAGCUUUUAGAAACCACAGCAACACUGCCAUGUUGCACCGAGCCUUCCUGUUGCAAAACCACAUCCUUGUCCGACUUUAGGCUGUCCCAGAUGCACCUCCCCCGACUUCACUCGUCCACUCAAAACAAGCCCAUUGUGUUGUAACUUUGAUUAAAGGCCCAAUGCAGCUGUUUUAUAUCAAUAUCAAAUCAUUUCUGGGUAACAAUUAAGUACCUUACUGUAACAGAUUUCCAUUCAAAUGGGCAAAAAUAGCUUUUUAGCAAAAAACUAUUUCUCAAGCAAGAAUUUUGCAAGGACUGUCUGGGAGUGGUCUGAGUGGGGAGAGAACUGAACUAACUGUUAUUGGCAGAGAGGUUUGGAGCUCUCUUUGUUAUUGGUCUAUUAACCAAUUUACCGCAUGGUGAUGUUUCAAGUACAGUGAAAUGCAUUUCUUGCAAACUCAAAACCCAACAAUGCAAUAAUCAAUAACAAUGUAAUACUAGAAGAAGAAAAAAAACACGAGAAAUAAGAAGAAAUAUGAAGAACACAAUAAGUAAGUAAGCAUACUAUAUACAGGGUCAGUUCCAAUACCAUAUUUACAUGUGCAGGGAUACUGGAGUGAUGGAGGUAAGGUGACUAUGCGACAAGUAGCCUAGCGGUUAAGAGCAUUGGGCCAGUAACCGAAAGGUUGCUGGUUCGAAUCCCCGAGCCGACUAGGUGAAAAAUCUGUUGAUGUGCCCUUGAGCAAGGCGCUUAACCCUAAUCGCUCCUGUAGGUCGCUCUGGAUAAGAGCAUCUUCUAAAUGUCAAAUGUGAAUAGGCAACAGGAUAUAAUAUAAACAGAGUAGCAGCAGCUUGUAUGUGAGUGGGUGUACGUGUGUGUAGAAUCAGUAUAAAUGUAUGUGCACAAUAUGAGUGAGUGUGAUUGUGUAGGGCCCUGUGAGUGUGCAUAGAGAGUGCAAAAACAAAAGGUCAAUAAAGAUACAAGGUUAACGCAAGUCUGUGUAGCUAUUUUGUUAGCUAUUUAUCAGUCUUAGCUAUUUUGUUAGCUAUUUAUCAGUCUUAUUGCUUGGGAUAUAAGCUAUUCAAGAGCCUGUUGGUGCCAGACUUGAUGCACCGGUAUCGCUUGCCGUGCAGAAACAAAGAGAAUAGUCUAUGGUUCGUGUGGUUGGAGUCUUUAAUGAUUUUCCUGGCCUUCCUACCACACCGCCUGAUAUAGAUGUCUUGGAUGGCAGGGAGCUCGGCCCCAGUGAUGUACUGGGCUGUCCGCACCACCCUCUGUAGCACCAUGCAAUCGAGGGCGGUGCUAUUGCCAUACCAGGCAGUGAUGCAGCCAGUCAAUAUGCUCUCAAUGGUACAGCUGUAGAACCUUUUCAGGAUUUGAGGGCCCAUGCCAAACUUUUUCAACUUCCUGAGGGGGAAGAGGCACUGUCGCGCCUUCUUCACGACUGCGUGUGUGUGUUUGGACCAUUUUAAGUCUUUAGUGAUUUGGACACCGAGGACUUUGAAGCUCUCGACCUGCCCGUUUCCUGUAGUCUACGAUCAGCUCCUUGGUCUUGCUGAUGUUGAGGGAGAGGUUGUUGCUCCGGCACCACACUGCCAGGUCACUGACCUCCUCCCUAUAGGCUGUCUCAUCGUCGCCGGUGAUCAGGCCUACCACCAUUGUGUUGUCAGCAAAGUUGAUGAUGGUGUUGCAGUCGUGGGUUACAGCAAAUACAGGAGGGGACUAAGCACACACCCCUGUGUUGAGGGUCAGCGUGGCAGAGGUGAUGUUGCCUACUCUCACCACCUGGGAUCGACCCGUCAAGAAGUCCAGGAUCCAGUUGCAGAGGGAGGUGUUCAGACCCAGAGUCCUAAGCUUGGUGACAAGCUUGGAGGGGACAAUGGUGUUGAAUGCUGAGCUGUAGUCAAUGAACAGCAUUCUCACAUACUGUAGGUAUUCCUCUUAUCUAGGUGGGUGAGGGCAGUGUGGAAAGCAAUUGAGAUUGCGUCAUCUAUGGAUCUGUUGGGGCAGUAUUCAAAUUGGAGUGGGUCUAGGGUGUCUGGGAUGAUGGAGGUAAUGUGUGCCAUAACCAGCCUCUCAAAGCACUUCCUGAUUACAGAAAUGUAGUCAUUGUGGCAUUAAGCCUUAGAGUUCUUGGGGAAAGGAAUGAUGGUGGUCAUCUUAAAACGUGGGGAUUACAGACUGGGACAAGGAGAGGUUGAAAAUGACAGUGAAUAUGCCUGCCAGCUGUUCCACGCAUGCUCUGAGAACACGCCCUGGAAUACCGCCGGGCCUUGCGGGUGUUGACCUGAUUUAAAGACCUUUCUCACGUCUGCCUCGGAGAGUGAGAUCACUCAAUCCUCUGGGUCGGUGACGGCCCUCACACAAUGUUGUUGUCAAAGCGUGCAUAAAAUGCAUUGAGUUCGUCUGGUAAGAGGCAUCGUUGGGCAGAUCAUGGUUGGAUCUUCCUUUUUAAUCCGUAAUGGACUAGCCCCUGCCACAUGCGGCGGGCGUUGAAGCCUGUGUAAUAUGAUUCCAGCUUAUUCCUAUAUGUCACCAUGGAAAGCCGAAACUCCCACCCAUACAAACUUGCUGAUUAGAAGGUCCUGUGUAGAUUGUAUUUUCGACCAGCAACUAUCAAGAAAUAACACUGAUCAAAUUUGUUAACACUUUUACAGUGUUAGUUUCAUUAGCUGUUGUACAAUAUGAUAUAAAACACAGGAAAAAUAUAAUUUUGACUGCACAGGGCCUUUUAAGAAUAGAAUAGAUAGCAGUUCACCUACUUCACACCAUCUGAUAGGCUAUACUAUCCAGAAGGGUUUCCUAAACUGGGUCCUGCAACACUUUUACAUAAUGCACACCCAUGCUUCAGGAUAAGUUGGUGAACUGAUUUUAAUAAUUACAGUACACCCAUGUCUAGACAGCGUUACUGUGAAGCACUGUGUGACUUUUACAACUUGUUCUACAACAGUUUUUCAUGUAGAAAGGGCUUUAUAGAUGCAUUUAAUGAUUGAUUGACUGAGUGACUUUGUGCUGUGUAGAUAAUGCAUCAGACCCGGGCGUGACAGCCAGGCAGAUCUGGAUAGAUGUGGUGGAGGAGCAGCAGCAGCUU